AUGGGGAAGCUGCAGGUGUGUAUUUGUGCAGCCCGUAACUUGCAUGACAGCCAAGUCUUUGGCUUACCGGACCCCUACUGCCGAGUACGCAUGGGUGACCAUGGAUACAAGACGAAGGUCAUCAAUAACUCGCUGAAUCCCGUGUGGAACGAGACAUUUCGAUUUCAGGUUGCCGAUGAGUCGACAGCACAGUUGUGCGUUGAAUUGUGGAAUAAAAACAUCAUUUCCGACGAUCUCAUGGGGACAUAUAGUCUGUCGCUGGGUCACAUGACACGAGGCGUGGUGAACGACGAGUGGUACCUGCUGGGACACUCCAAAACAAAUUCGGAGCUGCACUUACGUGUCCUCGCGUGUGACUUUGGUAUUAACCCAUCGCCCAGUGAUGUGUGGAAGAUCACCACGGACAUUAACAAUGACCCGGCACUCGGUGCGGGGAAGAAACCCCCGUUGGCCGCCGCCCCUGUGACUAUUUCGAGUAACGUGAACAAUACGCCGAUUAAUCCGAACAUUGGCCCUGCUGUUGUUCCCGCCGCAGUUUUAAUGCAACCACAGUCAUUUCCGCAAGCACCUGGCUCUUUUCCACAGCAGCCUAUGUAUUUUUCACCGCCACCGGCCCCAGUUGGGUAUUACCCGCAACAACCAAUGUACUACCCACCACAGCCGCCAGGGAUGCAGCAGGAGCAACUGCACUCACAGUUUGAAGCCCCUUACACUGGCGUUCUGCCUUUACAGAUGGUUUCCAUGAUGAACCCAAAAGAUCACAACUUCCAUUAUUGA